AUGGAAAUCAGGGGAUAUUUCCAUUGGCAUAUUGUAUAUGCGAUCAGGAAAAUAACGUUAACUGGAAGUGGUUCUUACAAGGUUAGUUCUAUCCCUAGCCAUGUUAGUUCUAUUGCAGGUUUGUGGUCUAUUCUCUACGAAAGGCCAGAUCCAUACAACCCUCCACACAAGCUAGUGAUAAUUUCAGAUGCGGAUAAGGGGAUCAGAGAAGCAGUUAGAGAAUUUUUUCCAGAUUCUAUACACUCUCGAUGUGUGUUGCAUCUAGUUGAGAACUUCAGGACAAAGUUGAAGGAUUUGGGAUUCAAAUCAAAAGAUACUCAGAUCUUGGGUAAUCUAUUGCAAUCUGCCUGUUACAAAUAUACUAGAGCAGAAUGGAACGAUUACAUGGACGACAUUAGACUGGUUGACGAAAGAGCUUACAAUAUUGUGAUGAACUACGCUCCAGAAAACUGGGCCAAUGCGUUUUUCCCUGGAGUUAGAUAUGGUCACGUUACAUCAAAUGUUGCAGAGUCAUUCAACAAAUGGAUACAUGAGGCUAGGCUACUACGGAUACUUCAACUGGUAGAGCACAUACGUAAACAGAUUAUGGUUCGUAUGAAUGAGCGACGAACCAUGGCUGAAAGCUGGAAUCAAUUUCUUUGCCCCAAAGCUGAACUUGCUCUCAAAGAGAACAUGGAAAAUGGUCGUCCAUUGGAGGUUCGUCAGUCCCACACAGGAUUAUUUGAGGUACAAUCCCAUAGAUCUUGUCAAGUGGAUCUAGACAAUAAAACAUGCACUUGCCGUGGGUGGGAUGUAACCCGUGUCCCUUGCAAACAUGCAUGCGCAUCCAUUAUGUUUAUGAAAAGGGAUGUCUACCAGUUCUGUGACUGGUUUAUGACGGUUGAAGCCUUUAAAAAGAGCUACGAGCCAAUCCUCUACCCUAUCCCUGACUUUGAGAAGCGCAUCGUGCCAAGGGAUGAGAUACAGAUCCUACCUCCACUUACAACAAAAAGGAAAGGGAGAAAUAAAACCAGGCGUAUCAACAACAGAACUGUUUACACGCGGCCAGUAAAAUGUUCUCGAUGUCAUAUGGAAGGUCAUAACCGUAAAACAUGUAAUGAAUCUAUAGCUGACUAA